AUGAGUGUCUUACAAGAUAGAAGACGAGUGCUCCCACCAGUAGAUACGAUACCUCUACAAUUCAAGGAAGAUGAAGGGUCCUCAGGGUCAAAAGAGACUACUAUUGCCCGAACGCGCACAAUUAGACCAAUAUUUAUUAAACAGAGUGUAGUAGCCAAUGCCAGUGGUUCUGCCUACCUCGAGGUGGAAGAUAUCAAGUUACAAUGCUCAGUUUACGGACCCAAGCCAAUAAGGGGAUCAUUUACACAACAAGCGGAUUUAUUAGUAGAAGCCAAAUUGCCCAGCUUAGGACAGGAUGCAUCCAACGAUAAAUCUGCGUCGAUUGAAAAAGAUAUCACUUCAUUUGUACAAACAUCAAUUACUCCCGGUAUUAUCUUAACUCAGUACCCUAAAAGUUGCAUUAAUAUUAUGAUCACAGUCAUUUCGGCUGAUCUCGAAAAUAGAAACUUCAAGUCAUUACUGGCUGCGGCUACUAAUGUCGCCAGUCUUGCCCUUGUGGAUGCUGGCAUUGCUCUCUACGAUAUAGUCACCUCUGCUUCAGUACUGUUGAGUCGAAAUGAGAAUGGGGAAAGUUUGUACUUUGAUCCAGAGACCCCACGAGAAUCAGAAGACAUCGAAGGGGUUCUUAGUUUCAUGACUGGUCAAGACGAAAGUAACAUUGUUGGAAUGUGGCUUGAUGGAGAGAACAUCACCAGUAAAAAUUUGACGACCCUGACUGAAUCUGCAAAGGAAGCUGCUUGCCAAAUUAGAACACUAUUUAACGGCGUUAUACUUCAAGAGUUUCAUGAUAAGGAACAGGAAGCUUCAAAUUCUAAAUAA